UUCCAACGGUGAGUUUUGAUCUAAAACGCUUUCUUCACCAUCCUUCCCUCAUUUGUGAAGCCACUUCCCCCGAUUCUAUUCUGGUGGAUUGGUGUGUGUGUUUGUGUGUGUGUAUAUACAUGUAUACAUUUCAGGAAAUACCGACAACAUCGAUGCAAGUUGGAGUUGCGUUCAGACAUUUCUCAAGGGAGCGAGAAGUGUGUUGGCUAAACUUGAUUUAAUGUGAAAUACUCAUGAGCAUGGGGACGGAAUCGAGAAGCCCGGGUACUGAUCAGUUAGACACUUGGGAAGAUCAGGAGAUGGUGGUGAAUAUUGGCGGCGUGCGGCAUGUUCUGUACGGGGAUGUUUUGAACCGAUACCCGGAGAGCAGGCUGGCGAAAUUGCUCAACUGCAGCGGCUACGAAGCGAUCUUCGCCCUUUGCGAUGACUACGAUCCCAGCAAAGGAGAGUUCUACUUCGACAGAGACCCGGACUCAUUCAAAUGUGUCAUGGACGCUUACUAUUUCGGGGAAAUCCACAUGAAGAAAGGGGUGUGCCCCAUUUGUUUCAAAAAUGAGUUGGACUUCUGGAAGAUCGAAGUGGACUUUUUGGACGAAUGUUGCAAAUGCCUCUUAGGCGAAAAAAAUGAAGAGUUGGAAGAAAUCGCAAAACAAGUGCAGCUUAUUUUGGCCGACCGGGGCAAAUCGGCUGACAGCUGUUGGGGGAAAUCUCAGAAAUUCCUCUGGAAACUGAUGGAAAAACCCGACUCGUCCUGCCUGGCCAGAGUGGUUGCAGUUCUGUCUUUUCUGUUCAUCUUAAUUUCAUCCGUGGUGAUGUGUGUUAGCACCAUCCCUGAUCUCCAAGUGACUGAUGAGGAAGGGAGUCCUGUGGAGCAUCCAGUGCUCGACUGUAUCGAGACUGCUUGUAUCGGCUGGUUCACAGCCGAGUAUGUGCUCAGGUUGAUGGCAGCCCCCAACAAGCUCAAAUUUGUCCUGUCUUUCAUGAACAUCAUCGAUGUGCUCACCAUUCUGCCUUUCUACGUGAGCCUGAUCUUGACCACAGUCGGGGCUUCCCUCAUGGAGCUGACUAAUGUGCAGCAGGCGAUCCAGGCCCUUCGGAUCAUGCGGAUAGCGCGGAUUUUUAAACUUGCGCGCCAUUCUAGCGGUCUCCAAACACUCACGUACGCACUGAAGAGAAGCUUCAAAGAACUGGGUUUACUGCUCAUGUACCUGGCAGUUGGCAUUUUCGUUUUUUCCGCUUUGGGCUUCACCAUGGAACAAAGCCACCCCGAAACCCUCUUCAAAAGUAUCCCCCAGUCCUUUUGGUGGGCGAUAAUCACCAUGACCACUGUUGGAUACGGGGAUAUUUACCCAAAGACAACACUGGGGAAACUCAACGCGGCGAUUAGUUUCCUCUGCGGCAUAAUAGCCAUCGCACUGCCGAUCCACCCUAUCAUAAACAAUUUUGUUCGCUACUACAACAAGCAAAAGGUCUUGGAAACGGCUGCAAAACACGAACUCGAACUAAUGGAGUUGAAUGCUAAGAACGGAGAGAGUGGACUUUCCGGAAAAGAACAUAUAGACAUUGUGGUCACGAAAACCAACAGCAAUAGCAACCUUUCGCUGACUAACAGUCUGCUAAAUUCUUACAACGACACUUUCAUUCCGCUUCUGCCAGAGGAAAAAUUGCAUCGAAAUAGGCUUCAAAGCUGCAAGUGAAAUAACAAUGUACUAAUAUAAAAAAAUGUGGACAUGUGCAGUCUUAUUACAUGUAUUAGAAUGCAGAACCUCGAUUGUCUUAGGCCUCGUCAAGCAUCGACACAUCAGACAUUUAUAACUAUGCAUGCUUGAUACCAAGAUCACUAUGAAUGAAUAUUAGUCAUAAUAAACUAUACUUAUGUAAUCAUUUGGCACAGGAUUAUUUAGCUUUUGAGAAAAUGAUUUUCAUCAGCAUCAAAUACAGUUGGAAAUUUUCCAUUGGAAAUUUUAAAGUUAGCCUUUAAUUCUAAUUAAGUGAAAAGAGACCUAUAAACUUGAAUUGUUGCAUAAAGUCACAAAGUAUCCUCCAGACAAAAACUCCAUGAUGAAUAUUGGGAGUGGUUAGGAUAUUUUAACGUCUUGACUCAUACUUACAGACUUUUAAAUUAUAAUACACGCUGUAGUAUGGCAAUAAAUUCCGAAUGUAUCAUGAACAUUGUGGGGCCCAACAUAAGAGAUCUGUGAUAAACGUUGAUCAUUGUCAAGUAAUAAUUGUAAAGAAUAAUUGCCAAUUGAUGUCUAUAUAUCGUUAACAAAGAAAUGAGCAUGCUUCAAGUUAUAAAAAAACUCCAAAUGUUUGAAAAUAAAAUACAAAUCGAAAAUACCGUAUAAAUUCAUUUGUAAAGAUAAAGGGCACAUUAUGGACUUUGUGUCAAUGCUGAAUCAAAAGUUCACCACAUUUUAGAAAAAAAUAAUAUAAAAUG